GAGUUACUCCAAGAAUGAGAAAAUUGAGAAUGUGUUCGGCAUAACUCAUCUCUUUUUAUCUCCCUGCACUUUGUGCUGGGAAAAUGAAUCAUCCAUUUGGAAAAGAGGAAGAUGCUUCCCAGAAGCAGCUUUUCGGAUUUUUCUGUGAGUGCCUCCGGAGAGGAGAAUGGGAGCUGGCACAGGCAUGUGUACCUCAGCUGCACGAGGCACAAGGGGAUAUCCCAAAGAGGGUGGAAGACAUACUUCAGGCACUGGUGAUGUGUCCAGAUCUGCUGAGAUGUGGGCAGGACAUCAAUCCUCAAAGAUUAGCCUGGGUAUGGCUUCUUGUACUGGAAAAAUGGUUGGCCCGGGAAAAGAAGUUACUCCCAGCUGCUUUCCGGAGAAAGCUUGAGUUUCUUUUAUUGUCAGAAGACCUUCCUGGUGACAUUCCAGAGAACAUCCUCAAGGAGCUAUAUGAGACCCUAGCACAAGGCGCAGUCGGUCCUGUGCCUGACGGAAAUCAGAGAAGGGAGAGCUGGACUCCACGACUCAGUUCUGAAGCUAUCUCUGUGCUCUGGGAUCUUCUGAGGCAGGCUCCCCAGCCAGCGCAGGCUCUGCUGGAGCUCCUGCUUGGGGAGGAUGACGGUACUGGUCUCUGUCACCAGCCUCUGCAGAAUGCACUGGUGGACCUGAUUCGAAAGGCACUGCAAACUUUGCAGGGCCCUGACUCAGGGCCCCCUGGGGUAGUCAAUGCCAUCUACGGAGCCCUGCGGACCUUGCAUUGCCCUGCAGAACCGCUUGGAAUUGAGUUGCGUCUCUUGUGUGAGGAACUCCUGGAGGCCUGCAGGACUGAAGGGAGUCCCCUGCGGGAGGAGCAGGUGCUUGGCUGUCUGCUGCACAAGGCCGGGCGGGGCCUGGUGUCCCUGUAUGGCCAUACCUAUGCAGAGAAGGUCACAGAAAAGCUACCGAGGGCCACAGCCUCAGGAAAAGUCUCACCAGAUCAUCUAGAUCCUGAGCGGGCAAUGCUAGCCCUCUUCUCCAAUCCUGACCCAGCCCAGGCUUGGAAAGUGGCCUAUUUCUACUGCCUGAGCAACAGCAAGCACUUCCUUGAGCAGAUCCUGGUAACAGCACUAACGUUGUUGAAAGAGGAAGACUUCCCAAGUCUCAGCUGCCUGCUGGAUAGAGAAUUCAGGCCUCUUAGUCGCCUGCUUGUGCUCCUGGGCUGGACACACUGCCAGAGCCUAGAGUCAGCCAAGAGGCUGCUCCAGACACUGCACAGGACCCAGGACCAAGGCUGUGAUGAGUUCCUCAGGGAUGCCUGUGAUGGGUUGUGGGCUCACCUGGAGGUCCUGGAGUGGUGUGUUCAGCAGAGCAGCAACCCCAUACCAAAGAGAGAUCUCUUGUGUCAUUUACAUGGUGGAGACAGCCACUCAGUACUCUACACUCUCCAUCACCUUACGAACCUUCCAGCCCUCAGGGAGGAAGAUGUUGUCAAGCUCUUACAGAAGAUGCCAGCCAAGGACCUACGGCAAGAACGUGAUUCAGUUGAUGCCCCAGUCCCUGAGCACCUGAGCCAGUGUCAGAACCUGACACUCUACCAGGGCUUCUGUGCCAUGAAGUAUGCCAUCUAUGCCCUCUGCGUGAACUCACACCAGCACUCCCAGUGCCAUGACUGCAAACACGGCCCCUCUGAGGACCUGGCCUCAGCUGCAGAGCAAGCGGAUGACUCUCCCUCCUCCCCAGGUGCUGCAAAUCUCUUCUCAACUUACCUGGCCAGGUGUCAACAGUAUCUGUGCAGUAUUCCUGACUCUUUGUGCCUGGAACUUCUAGAAAACAUCUUCUCAUUGCUUCUCAUCACCUCUGCUGAUCUUCAUCCAGAGCCUCACCUGCCUGAGGACUAUGCUGAUGAUGAUGACAUUGAGGGGAAGGGCCCCUUGGGUUUGAGGUCCCCAUCAGAGAGCCCUCAGCACAUAGCACAACCUGAACAGAAGUCAGAACGGGCUUCCCUAGGAGUCCCCAGAAACCUUCCUUAUACAAUGCCAAGCUGUCUGAAGGCAGAGCCAAAAGAUAGUUACCCAGGGCCUCAUGGGCACAGCUUUUUGGACCUAAAGCACUUUACUAGUGGUAUCAGUGCAUUCCUGGCUGAUGAAUUUGCAAUAGGGGCCUUCCUCAGGCUUCUCCAAGAGCAACUGGAUGAGAUCAGCAGCCACAGCCCCCCUGAGAAGCCAAAGCUUCCAGAAGGCCAGAGCUGUUCAGGAAGCAGAGAUGGACUGCAGAGCCGCCUGCACCGGUUUUCCAAGGUUCUCUCUGAGGCUCAGUGGAGAUACAAGGUGGUAACAAGCAACCAGGGCUCAGAAGAGCAACUUUCCCUAAGAUACCGACCUUCUGCCACACGGCACUCCAGUCUCCGCCGGGGUCGUCGGACAAGAAGGAGCCGGGCAGAUGGCCGGGACAGAGGUUGCAACCCAUCUCUGGAAAGUACAAGUAGUGAGCUGAGCACAAGUACUUCAGAGGGAAGUCUGAGCGCUGUAUCUGGGCGGAAUGAGCUGGACGGCCGGUUGCAGCCCCAACCUCAAAGUUCACUUAUCCCCAUGAUGUUCUCCCCACCUGAGUCACUUCUGGCAUCCUGCAUCCUCCGAGGGAACUUUGCAGAAGCCCAUCAGGUGGUGUUCACGUUCAACUUGAAGUCCUCACCCAGCUCAGGGGAACUCAUGUUCAUGGAGCGCUAUCAGGAAGUGAUCCAAGAGCUGGCCCAAGUAGAGCACAAGAUUGAAAACCAGAACCCUGAUGGGGUUAGCAACACCAUUCGAAGAACUGGCAGUGGCCGCUCAACUCUACAGGCCAUUGGCAGUGCUGCGGCAGCAGGAAUGGUGUUUUACUCCAUCUCUGAUGUGACUGACAAGCUGCUCAGCAGCUCUGGAGACCCCAUCCUCAUACUCCAGGAGGACUUUUGGAUAAGCACUAGUCUGGUGGAGCCCACUGACCCCCUGCGAGAGGUUCUGGAAGACCUCAGUCCUCCCGCCAUGGCUGCAUUUGACCUAGCUUGCUCUCAGUGCCAGCUCUGGAAAACCUGCAAGCAGCUCUUGGAAACGGCUGAACGGCGUCUGAACAGUAGCCUUGAAAGCCGGGGUCGACGGUUAGACCAUGUAUUUCUCAAUGCUGAUGGCAUUCGAGGUUUUCCAGUUGUUCUUCAGCAAAUCAGUAAGAUUCUCAACUAUCCGCUUAUGUCAGCUGCACAGACUAAAUCAGAGAGUAUAGAAGAAAAGGGAGGAGGCUGUCCACGGUAUAGCAUCAUGGAGCUGCUUCAGAUGUGCUGGCCCAGCCUAACCGAGGACUGUAUUGCCACCCACACCACCCUCUCCCAGCAGCUGGAUCAGGCCCUUCAGUCACUGAGAGAGGCACUAGAGCUACCAGAGCCCAGGAGUCCUCCACUCUCUUCCCUGGUGGAGCAGGCAGCCCAGAAAGCUGAGGCAGAGACACACCCUGUGCACAUCCAGACUGAGCUCCUCCAGAAGAACCUGGGCAAACAGACCCCAGCAGGCAGCAAACAGACUGACUACAUGGGCACCUUCUUCAGUUACUGCAGCACUCUAGCUGCAGUUCUCCUUCGGAGUUUGAGCUCUGAACCUGAUCAUGUGGACGUCAAGGUAGGAAAUCCCUUUGUUCUACUGCAACAGAGUUCUUCCCAACUGGUGUCACAUCUCCUGCUUGAGAGACAAGUCCCCCCAGACAGGCUGGCAGCCCUUCUGGCCCAAGAGGGUCUCAGCUUAAGUGUGCCACAGAUCAUCGUCAACUGCUGCUGUGAGCCCCUUGCUCUUUGCUCUUCCCGGCAAAGCCAGCAGACAUCCUCCCUCCUGACCCGCCUGGGCAUCCUGGCUCAGCUGCACACCUCCCACUGGCUGGGUGACCUCCCACUUUCUACACUGAGUGCCCCAAGGCCAACUGAGAAUCCCACAUUGGGAAGAAAGUCCCACUCCUCCCCAAUGGAUUCAUUGCCCCCAGCCCUCACCUCCUCUACCUUGGCCUUCCUUAAAUCCAGCUCAAAGCUACUGGCUAUGGUGGCCUGCCUGGGGGCUUCCCCAGCGUUAAAGGUCACCAAGCCCAGCUUGUCAUGGAAGGAGCUUCGGGGCCGCAGGGAGGUGCCUCUCACUACAGAGCAGGUGGCCCGGGAAUGUGAGCGCCUUCUGGAACAAUUCCCUAUGCUUGAGGCCUCCCUCCUGGCUACCUGGGAGCCCCUACGAGGAUCCUCCCAGCAGGGGCAGAGUCUGGCAGCGAGUCUCUGCGGGCAGGCUAGUCUUUCUACUGUCCUUCUGGGCCUGCAUUCUCCCAAUGCCGUAGAUGUGCUGACCGAGGCUUUUGAGGAAGCCCUGGUGGCCAGAGAUUGGCCCCGGGCCCUUCAGCUCACUGAAGUGUAUGGACGAGAUGUGGAUGAUUUGAGCAGCAUAAAGGAUGCGGUCCUCAGCUGUGCUGUGGCAUGUGACAAAGAAGGUUGGCGAUACCUAUUUCCUGUGAAGGAUGCAUCUCUGAGAAGUCGGCUGGCCCUACGGUUUGUGGACAGGUGGCCCCUGGAGUCAUGCCUGGAGAUCCUGGCCUACUGCAUUUCAGACACAGCUGUCCAGGAAGGACUAAAGUGUGAGCUGCAGAGGAAGCUAGCGGAGCUAUGGGUAUAUCAGAAGAUUCUAGGUUUGCAGGCUCCCCCAGCAUGGUGUGACUGGCAGACUCUGAGGAACUGCUGUGCUGAGGACCCAUUAGCUGUCAUGAACAUGAUUCUAGAAGCACAGGAGUAUGAGCUGUGUGAGGAGUGGGGCUGCCUAUACCCCAUUCCAAGAGAACAUUUAAUCGGCCUACAUCAAAAGCAUCUUCUCCAUCUUCUAGAAAGAAGAGAUCAUGAAAAGGCUCUGCAACUCCUGCAAAGAAUCCCUGACCCCACCAUGUGCCUUGAGGUCACAGAGCAAUCCCUUGACCAGCACCCUAGCUUGGCCACUUCUCACUUCUUGGCCAAUUACCUCACCACCCACUUCUAUGGACAACUGACUGCUGUCCGACACCGUGAAAUCCAGGCGCUGUACGUGGGAUCCAAGGUUUUGCUGACCCUCCCUGAACAGCACCGGACCAGUUAUUCCCACUUGUCCUCUAAUCCCCUGCUCAUGCUGGAGCAGCUGCUCAUGAACAUGAAGGUGGAUUGGGCCACUGUGGCAGUGCAGACCCUGCACCAGCUGCUGGCCGGGCAGGAGAUUGGCUUUACCAUGGACGAGGUGGACACGCUGCUUUCCAGAUAUGCAGGGAAAGCCCUGGACUUCCCAUACCCUCAGAGGGAGAAACGAUCAGAUUCUGUGAUUCACCUCCAGGAAAUUGUCCAUCAGGCUUCAGAGCCCGAGACCCUCUCUAGAUCACCAUCAGCAGAGUUCUCUCCUGAUGUUCUUCCUGGUGUCUCUGUUGUACAUUCCCCCAGUCUGAAGGAGAGGAAUUUCCCACCGAGUCAACCACCGCUGGAAUUCGUGCCCCCAGCAACACCCCCUGCCAGGCACCAGUGGGUACCAGAUGAGACAGAGAGCAUCUGCAUGGUCUGCUGCAGGGAGCACUUCACCAUGGUAAGCAGCAUCGGUCUCUGGUUUUACCUGCAGGAGAAAGUAAGGGAAAAUUCUAGUCUUGUACCAGAGGAGAAUUCAGGACAACCAGAAGCACCAGAUGGCUCCCAGAGUGAAAGCCCUCCUUACUCAUUUGUGGUGAAAGUCCCCAAAGCGGAUGAAGUGGAAUGGAUUUUGGAUCUGAAAGAGGAGGAAAAUGAACUAGUGCGGAGUGAAUUUUACUAUGAGCAGGCCCCCAGCGCCUCCUUGUGCAUUGCCAUCCUGAAUCUGCACCGGGACAGCACUGCCUGUGGUCACCAGCUGAUUGAGCACUGCUGCAAGCUGUCCAAGGGCCUUGCCAACCCAGAGGUGGACGCAGGGUUGCUCACAGACAUUAUGAAGCAGCUGCUCUUCAGUGCCAAGAUGAUGUUCGUCAAGGCUGGCCGGAGCCAGGACUUGGCUCUUUGUGACAGCUACAUCAGCAAGGUAGAUGUACUGAAUAUUUUAGUUGCUGCCGCCUAUCGCCACGUGCCAUCUCUGGAUCAGCUCUUGCAGCCGGCUGCAGUAACCAGGCUAAGGAACCAGCUUUUGGAAGCUGAGUACUACCAACUGGGCGUUGAGGUCUCCACAAAGACUGGGCUUGAUGCCACUGGGGCGUGGCAUGCCUGGGGCAUGGCCUGCCUCAAAGCUGGGAACCUCGCUGCAGCUCGGGAGAAGUUCAGUCGCUGUCUGAAGCCCCCGUUUGACCUCAAUCAGCUGAGUCAUGGCUCAAGGCUAGUACAGGACGUGGUUGAGUACCUGGAGUUCACAGCGAGGCCCCUCAUAUCCUUGCAAGAUGACGAUUACUUUGCCACCUUGAGGGAACUGGAAGCUACCCUUCGUACCAAGAGCCUCUCUCUAGAGAUGAUUCCUGAAGGGAAGGUCAUGAACAACACCUACUACCAAGAAUGCCUCUUCUACCUGCACAACUAUAGCACCAACCUGGCCAUCAUCAGCUUCUACAUGCGGCACAGCUGCCUGCGGGAAGCCCUGCUGCACCUCCUCAACAAGGAGAGUCCUCCAGAAGUCUUCAUAGAAGGCAUUUUCCAGCCAAGCUAUAAAAGCGGGAAGCUACACGCUUUGGAAAAUUUACUAGAAUCUAUUGAUUCAACCUUGGAGAGCUGGGGAAAGUACUUGAUUGCUGCCUGCCAACAUUUACAGAAGAAGAACUACUACCACAUUCUGUACGAGCUGCAGCAGUUUAUGAAGGACCAAGUCCGGGCAGCCAUGACAUGCAUUCGGUUCUUCAGUCACAAAGCAAAGUCGUAUACAGAACUGGGAGAGAAGCUGUCAUGGCUGCUCAAGGCCAAGGACCAUCUGAAGAUCUACCUCCAAGAAAAUUCUCGCAGCUCCGGAAGGAGGAAAACCACCUUCUUCCGAAAAAAGAUGACUGCAGCUGAUGUGUCAAGGCACAUGAACACACUUCAGCUGCAGAUGGAAGUGACCAGGUUCUUACAUCGGUGUGAAAGUGCUGGGACCUCUCAGAUCACCACUUUGCCUCUGCCAACCCUGUUUGGAAAUAACCACAUGAAAAUGGAUGUUGCCUGCAAGGUCAUGCUGGGAGGGAAAAAUGUAGAAGAUGGUUUUGGAAUCGCAUUCCGUGUUCUGCAGGACUUCCAGCUGGAUGCUGCCACGACCUACUGCAGAGCUGCCCGGCAGUUGGUGGAGAAGGGGAAAUACAGUGAGAUCCGGCAACUGCUCAAGUGUGUUAGUGAGUCGGGCAUGGCAGCCAAAAGUGACGGGGACACCAUCCUCCUCAACUGCCUGGAAGCGUUCAAGAGAAUUCCACCCCAGUCUGACUGCCAGGUUCGGGCCUACCUGACAUGUUGCAAACUGCGUUCUGCCUACCUGAUUGCUGUGAAGCAAGAACACUCUCGGGCCAUGGCCCUCGUCCAGCAGGUGCAGCAGGCCGCCAAGAGCAGUGGGGAUGCAGUUGUGCAAGACAUUUGUGCCCAGUGGCUUCUGACAAGCCACCCCCGGGGUGCCCACAGCUCAGGCUCCAGGAAGUGACCCUGGGCAGCCGGGCCAGGGAAAUGUGGCCUGAGAACUGUGGCGGCAGCGAUGAUGGUGGUGCCCUUCGCCUCUUUCCUCCUGUGGAGUGGGACUUCUCUGGCUCUGCCCCGGGUUGGAAAGAGCUGGAUUGGACCCUACUUGCCUCCUCAGGCAAGGACAGGACCUUUCACACAAGUGCCAUGUUUCUGUAAAAUUGUGGAAUCCGUGUGUAUCUGUGUGUGUUCGUCUGGAGAUGUCCAGUUCUUUCUACCUCAGAGUGAGUGAGUGUGUGUACACACUCGUGCACACACAUGCAUGCUCCUGUGCACUGACGUUUACACCCAAGCAUUUCUGAACAAAUGAAACUCUCCUCCCUUGAAAAGAGGCACUUUACUUUAGACUCCUGCCACUCUGGAAACCUUCCCUGCGUUUUGGCUCUUGACCCGGGUCCUCCUGUUUGUACACAGUCCCCUCCAUGUGGGCAUGCUGUAGUAGCUCCUCUUAACUGGUGGAGUUUUACAGAAAAUUAGAGAGCAACACCAAAA